AGUCCAUGAGAAGAAGUGAAGUUUGCGAGGGAAAGGGAAACAAAUUUGAAAUGGAACGCAGCCUUUGAACGCGCGUAGCAAUUCAGUCUUACGUAGGCGUUUCGAUAUAACAUGCAAGUUUUAACUAAUUCGCAAACAAAUAUUUAAUGUUUAAGUUUUUAUGACACGGACACAAAUGUUAAAUAGCGUCGAAUCUUAUUCAGUGUUGUUUCAUCUGUGAUGUUUUGUAGGAUGGAGCAAAAUAUACCGAUAAUUAUUUUGAGCGAUGAAGAUGAGGAUGAUGAAAACUUGAUGACUCACAACGAUUCCUCUGUGCUAAUUGUUGAAAACGAGAAAAACGUAACAGAUACAUUGACGCAUAUUGAGGAACUGGAUGAGGACCUGGCUAUAACAUACUCCCAAACUGCAACAGUGCUUCCACAUGCAAGAUAUGACUGCUCACUAACCUUCAGCCGUGCAGAGCAAGAUGUCUCAGGACCCUUACAUGAGAAUGCAAUGCACUGUGGUCAGUGUUUUUGCUACAUCUGUGACAAACUGGCCUCCAUGUGUGAGUUCUGGACUGUCCCUGGCAUUUGCCACUGUAAUGCCCACAAGCACAGCGUCUACUGGAAGGCUCUUCGUGAUAAGAGCCUCAUGGGAUAUCUGCAUGAACUUAACUUCACCUUUGACCCACUGGAUAUGGAUUCUGACCUACGGCGUGCUGAGACUUCUCUGCAGAAAUUUGCUGGUAGUCUGGCGAUGAAGUAUGCAUCGUUUUUAAUGGGAUUUGAGAAUCCAUUACGUCCCACAAACUGUCGGUGCAGCUGUCACCGUACCAAUAACGGCACUUCACAGAGCCACACCGCAGGAUGUAAAGGAUGCCAAAAACAUCACAUGAAGUUGCUCGAAUAUGAUUACACUGCUGUGAGUAACCAUAUCGAAAUGUUUUUGCAUGAAGCAAAGAAAGAGAAUCCAAAGGCCUGUAUUGUUAUGCUAUUAGGUGCCAUCAAGCUUUUCAUCACUCACACUGCUCCUGGAAAUGCCCAUGCGGCUGUUGUUGUGUCUAAUUCUGUGACAUUGCUCCUUUGGAGAGUUAUGACAAAGGUGUGGAUGCUUUUAGUUGACUUUGAUUUUUCCACCUCUUUCACAAAACAGCUACAGUCUUUCUUCCAACGGCUUCCUCUGCCUUCCAACUGCACGUUUUCAAAAAGCAGUCUGAACGUGCUGCGUUGGGAUGAUCCCUUGCUCUCUGCAGUGUUAAAAGGUCAGAAUGUCACCGGACAGAAGCAUGUCAAAGGUCGAAGGCUUGAAGUCUUGUUUGAAUCUCUGAACGUGAUUCAAGCGCGAGUCUGUAAACUUCAAAAACAAAACAAGUACCGUGAACUGGCACGCUAUCUCAAAGUUGUUAAAAGCACCAACAAUCCCAUGCUGCAGAGAAUGAGAGACUUGGUUCCCCUUUAUCUGUGCAAGGUUGGAGACUACAGUGGUGCAGUUCACACCAUGUUAUUCCCAAUGCAUAGUGCAUCUUGCCCUGCUUCCAGACUGAUGCCUCAACAAUUCAAAGCUUACCUCAGAAUUCUCUCAUCAGGCCACGCCCCUGACAUAAAACAUCAAGAAUGUGAUUCAGGAACUGGCCUUCUGAUUAUGCCUGAUCCUUUAAUGGCCACUGUGUGGACACCCAUCGAAGGUUCAUUUGUGCUCAAGAUGUUGGAUGUACUGAAGUUUGCACUGAGGGUUCUGGACUGUAACAGUAUUGUUUUUGCAGAUUCAGAGAGCUGGGUGUAUCUGCUCAGUGUUAUCAGCUGCAGUUAUGUUGCUCCAGAUGGGCUCAUUGUUGGUGCAUUCUAUACUGAGCCUGAUGUCAACUUUCAAAUGGUGACCAGAGUUGUUGCCAGUUCAAUUCUUGAAGAGCUGACAACUUCCAGCCGUAUACACAUCCCCAGAACAUUUGAGAAUGAUUAUCCUGACCAGGCUAGGCUGCUACUAGUCACUCAGGCUUUGGUACUGCGCAUUUUCCAUUCACAGCUCAGCCCCAUUCUGAAAGUCAUCAUUUCUUUUAGGUCCAACCGCUGGGCUCUUCGUUGGUUCUUCUACAGUCUGCUGGUGAGGCCAGAAGUGCUGCACUAUCUCUUGUGCAGUGUUGUGGAGGAAUUGUUGAAUGAGCAAUACCAACCCAUACAGAGAAAAUGGACCGAAACGGAGCAUUCCCUGAUUGCAUACUUCCUCUGCCUGUACUUCCUGGAGAACAGUGUGGCACUAGAUCUUGGCUCCUAUCCCACCAAUAACUUGCUUGCUACUUGGAAUGAAUUGCACUUCCCUUGGCAACUUGGCUUGAGACUGCAUCUUGAAUACAAUGUGGCCAGUCUUUCUAAAGAAAAACGACAAAUCCUGCAUGAAAUCCAACGCAUAAGCCUUGUACCCACAUCCUGAACAAGGAAACGUUCACUGCAUUUCAUUCCAUGGAUUAAGUUCGGACCAGGUCUAUUAUUAUGUCUAUCGUUAUCUGCUGGGGACAUUUUGGUAAACAACGAUAACUUUUUGUUUAUGGCACUCUGAGAAAGCCACAAGACAUGAUUCAAAUAUAACUGAUCUUAUUGAAUUAUUACUUUUCAGUCAGUUCUGCAUUUUAGAAUUUUAAAGUUGUAAAAAUAAAGGACUCUCUUUAUUGAAUAUUAACAUUUUUUGCAUUAUUUAUUUUUUAAUCCCCUUUUUCUCCCAAAUUGGAAUGCCCAAUUCCCACUACUUAGUAGGUCCUCAUGGUGGCGCAGUUACUCGCCUCAAUCCGGGUGGCAGAGGACAAGCCUCAGUUGCCUCCGCUUCUGAGACAGUCAAUCUGCACAUUUUAUCACAUGGCUCCAUAUGCAUGGCACUGCGGAGACUCCGCAUGUUGAGGCUCAUGCUAUUCUCCGCAAUCCACACACAACUUACCAUGCGCCCCAUUGAGAGUGAGAACCACUAAUUGCGACUGUACCCUCCCUAGCAACUGGGCCAAUUGGUUACUUAAGAGACCUGGCUGGAGUCACUCAGCAGCACACCCUGGAUUCGAACUCACGACUCCAGCAGUGGUUAUCAGCGUCAAUACUCGAAGAGCUACCCAGGCCCCUCAUUUUUUGCUUUAUUAACAUGCUUUGAAAUGUUCUUUCAAAAUUCACAAGCCCUUAGUUUAAGCUAGUGGUUUGAAAUUAUUUCAGCUUCCAGACAUUUGUUGUCUUUGCCUUGGAAUUAACCAAUACUUACCAAUACAAUACAACAUUACCUGCAGUUACAGUGCCAUGAUUAAUGUGUUGCAUGUUAAACAAAAAUAAUCACAUUGAGCAUCAGGGCAAUGUACAAAUCUCUGAACAUCAAAAAUUAUAUCAAUAAACAAGAAUUCAAACA